UAUGUCAAUGUAUACACGCUGUACUAUACAUUCGGCUGCUGUUAAACCACAGUUCAACUGUAAUAGAGUCGCAAUUUUCUUGCAUAAAUCAUAACGAUAUCACAUAUUUACAUAUAGUUGUUAAAAAUCUUUGUUACCACCUCCUCAGCACCAUAUGCUAUCUAAACAGUUCAUUUCAUUACCAGGUCGGCUUUUGUGUAACCGGAUCGGUCAGUUUUUUUUUUGGUUUUUGUUUUUUUGGAUGGCUGACAUAACCGCAGCACAGUCAGGGAGACGACAGUGUACUAACACAUUGGCACUGAGCAAUGAUGGAGACCGGUAACCCGAGCCUUAAGGAUGAGAAUAAUACGGUUUUGAUAGCUUCGGUUGAGCAAGUGACUCCCAGGGAGACGCAUGUGACAAGACCCACAUGGAGCGGGCGGAUUGAGUUCAUCCUGGCCACUGUGGGCUACGCGGUGGGACUUGGUAACGUCUGGAGGUUCCCCUACCUAUGCUACAGCAGCGGUGGAGGAGCGUUUUUGGUUCCAUAUCUGACCAUGUUAGUCUUAUGUGGCAUCCCUCUGCUUCUCAUGGAGUUUGCCAUCGGCCAAUUCACUGGCCUUGGGCCAGUGCAUGCUCUAGCCAAAGCCUGUCCACUACUAAAAGGCGUUGGUCUGGCCACAGUUGUGAUUUCCUAUGUCUUCUGCACCUACUACAAUGUGCUCAUGAGUUGGGGCCUUUUCUAUUUGGUCAACUCCUUUGGCGCAACACCUCCGUGGAAGACCUGUAAUAACAGCUGGAAUGUUUUUGAAAACUGUUCUAAUGGAUUCCCUGGAAACAACACUCAUCUACAGUCAGCCAGCCAGCAGUUCUUUGAUCACAGGCUUCUGAAGAAAACCAGUGGCAUUGAAGAAGUUGGUGGUCUUCAAUGGGAACUCUUCGGCUAUCUCUUUCUUGCCUGGGUCAUUGUGUAUUUAUGCAUUUUUAAAGGAGUCAAAUCAACUGGCAAGGUUGUUUAUUUCACAGCUAUUUUUCCAUACGUCAUCCUCUUCGCCCUGCUCAUUAACAACAUGCAGCUACCAGGUGCAAGGGAUGGUGUCCUGUACUUUGUGACGCCUGUCUGGAGCAAACUUUUUGAAGUAAAGGUGUGGGUUAAAGCAGCUGCCCAAGUGUUUAAUUCCCUCGGAAUUGCGUUUGGCUCCAUGAUUUCAAUGGCUAGUUACAACAAGUCGAACAACAACAUUGUCAGAGAUGCUUUGAUCGUUUCACUUACCAACUCAUUCACAAGCAUCCUGGCAGGCUUUGUGAUCUUCUCAGCUAUUGGCUACAUGGCUCACAUACAUAAUCUCCCCGUGGACAACAUCUCAACAGAUGGCCCUGGCCUUGUGUUUGUCGUGUACCCUGAAGUCCUCACCACAAUGCCCGCCUUUCAGCUGUGGGCUCCUCUUUUCUUCUUCAUGUUGCUCUGUCUUGGCCUGGACAGCCAGUUUGCAACAGUUGAAGUUGCUCUGACAUUCAUAAAAGAUGAAUUUGGCCCUCAAGUUCUGCGCUUUCUCAAGAGAGAAGAGCUGCUGGCCCUGGUUGUGUGCAUUGUCAGCUUUCUUCUUGGCCUUCCACAUGUUACGAAGGGAGGUAUAUAUGUGUUUCAGCUGUUGGACCACUACACUGCUGUGGUGUCCCUUAUGUUCCUGGCUUUCUUUGAAGUUAUAGCAGUCUGCUGGUUCUUUGGUGUCCCUCGCAUCUGUUGUAUGAUUGAGAGGAUGCUGGGGAAAUCUGUGAACCUCUACUUUCGCAUCUGCUGGUUUCUUCUCUGCCCCUUGUUGGUGCUGUGCAUACUGGCGUCCAGUAUUAUCCAGUACACCCCUGUUCAGUAUGGAUCAUAUAAGUACCCAUUGUGGGCUGAAUGGGUGGGUUGGGGUGUCUCACUGAUUUCUCUUAUUUGGAUCCCAAUUGGUGCCAUUCACGAGAUUUGUAACAACAAAGGGUCUUUUCUCUCGAGACUGCAAACAGCCAUCACUACCACUGUAGAGCUGGAUAACGAGGAUCCUCUGCCUGAAAAACAAAACCUUGCCAAACCAAUUGUUGAAACAUCAGCAAUAUGACCACAACAAAACACUGAUAUAAUGUAAUAGUUUUUUUUAAGGGUGCAUAUUAUGCUUAUUUUUCCGACUUAUUUGGUCUCCUAUAGAGCAGCUACACAUAAUAACCAGCACAGAAAACUUUUUAGAUUUUGCAGAAUCUGCACCUAUUGCAGCUGUAUUUCCUUUGAUUUGUGCUUCCUGCCAAAACUGUCUGUUUUAAUUUAUUCCACCCACGGCCGCCUUUGUUGUAGCCUGUCAUGCAUAAGUGGUGUUUUCAUCAACGCAACAUUUUUAAGCUUGCACUAGAGUGUUGUCGAGGUUGCAAUGCCUUGGGAUGCAACCAGACUAAUUGGUUAAUCUUCAGGAAUGUUCCACGUCACUUGUUUGGACUGCAAAAGUUGAGUCAAGGCAAAAAGAAUCUGUCUUAGUAUGUUGAAGAUGUUUCACCUUUAAUCUAAAAAGCUUCUUUAGCUUGAAAUAUUGUCGGUGUUGAGUUAUAAUGUUUCUGGUAGGUUCCCUGUUUGCUGUGAGAGGGCCUUUCUUUUUCACAUACGGUAGAUUGCUUCUCUCACACCUCCUUCAAAUCAGUCAUGAGAAAUCAGUCAUAGAAAUGAGCAGCAAUGGGGGAAUUAAAAUUUGUAAUUUUAAUUUUUGAAGAAUAUGGACAUUUAUUUGGUUGUAAAACAUUUAGUAUGAAGCCAAAGAGGGACCACACCAUCACUUCUGUAUGCUUACAUAGGAAAGCCAAAAGGUACUUUCUGAUUUAACUUUGAGGUGACACAAAUUACAUAUUUGAAAUACAGGAAUGGUAAUGGUUCUAUUUUAUUUGAACAUGCACAUAGUACAAUUCACAGUUUUGCAUGUCCAAAAGGAGUGGGAAGAAACAUAGCUUAUUUAAUCCUACUCCCCAUCCUAUUCACAUCUAUUGCAGUACAUUUAUUCAUUUCCUGUAUUUCAUCUCCCCUCCCCCCUUUUUAGAAAUAGAAAGUAACAAGGUAAUGAAACAGUUACAAUUUACAGUUAGAAAGUGAACUGUAAUUGUAACAAUGCAAUGUUUUGUUAAUGUUUUCCACAAUCACACUAAAUCAUAAUAAAUAAUCAACAUAAUAUAAUAGUAUAAUAAGUAAAUAAAUACAAUAGACAUAAGAGAACGAAGACAACAAUUGCAAUGACAUUAACAUAACAAAAACAAUCAGUACUACAUCAGCAAAUGUCUAUGAUAGCAAUGAAAUACCAUAUGAAACAGGUAAUAGUAGUAAUGAAAAUAUUAUGAUAGUGAACAGAGUGACAAUAACACACCACACUCAAUUGUAAUAACUAUAAUCUUAUUGCUGACAUCAUCAUCACUGUAAUAAAACCAACAGCAUAAUGACACCAUGGAUAAGUCAGGGAGUCAUGUGGCGAAGUACUUAUGUACUGUGAGUGUGUAUAUGUAUGCGUGUAGAGGUAUCUCCGUAGGUGUGUGCAUGUCUACACGUAUGUAUCUGUGCAUAAAUGUGCGCAUAUGUGUGAAUGUGUAAUUUGUCACUGAGAAUGUGCCCCACCGGGCACAGGGGGCCGCACAUCUUGAGAAAAUAAAUACAAAUUGCAAAGGGGGUUGAAUAGUUUAGCUUUGACAAGCGUUAGUCUUGAUUUUGCUUCACAAGUAGAGAAAACAAGAAAAAUGUACAUUGUUGAUUUGUAAAUUUCCAAUGGGAUCAGUUAUAAAUGAAAUGACAAGCAUAAUUUCUACCAGCAGAGGGUGCUAGAAUAUACCUUUUUACAAAGUGGUAUUGCUAUACUACUCUUUUGUACUGUAUUGAUAUCAUGCAGUUAAAGUUUUUGUAUGAUCACGUACACAACAUAUAUAUGCCUUUUCUAUACAUAUUUCCACACUAACCAUGGCAUGUAAAUUAUUUUUUAUGCAACUUUAAUAUUUUUUAAUGUAAAAUUAUACUUUUUAUUAUUCAUAUCUCGAGUUGAUGUGUGCUGUCA